GUCCGAUUCGCCAUUAUGUUCCCUUUUAAAACCAGGAACUAAAUUACAAAUAGUCAAUGCAUGUAAAAACACACAAACGUAAAUCUAUAUUAUAGAUUUACCAUUAUUGGAUGGCUUACGUUCAUAAUCAUCUGGACCUUCGUUCGAUAUUCCGAUCAAAACAUGUCUAAGUGCAAAGAGGCAAUAUCGAGAAACAAACUUUUGGUUGCCGCCAUUGAUUUCGGCACUACAUACUCGGGAUAUGCUUUCUCCUUCCGGCACGACUUUGAACGAGAUCCCCUAAAGAUUAGCACAAAUACGGCAUGGUCAUCGUCACAAGGAAAGGGUAUGCAAUCAUGGAAGACACCGACCACAGUAUUGCUCAGGCCGGACCAAAGUUUUGAUUCAUUCGGUUACGACGCCGAGGACAAAUAUUGUGACUUGGCAGACAACGAGGAACACCAGGACUGGUACUUCUUUAAACGCUUCAAAAUGCUACUGCAUAACAAACUGGGCCUUAAGAGAGAUAUACAUAUACCUGAUGCCAUGGGUAAGGAAAUGCCCGCAAAGACGAUAUUUGCAAUUGCAAUAAGAUUCAUAAAAAACCAUCUGUUGCAAAUGAUCGAAGCACGUGGUAUAGAAUUUUAUGAGGAUGAUAUUUUUUGGGUGUUGACCAUACCUGCUAUUUGGAACGAACCAGCAAAACAGUUUAUGAGGGAGGCGGCAGUGGAAGCUGGUAUGAAAUCAGACCAGCUCAAAUUGGCAUUGGAACCAGAAGCUGCCAGUGUUUACUGUAAAACCGUUCCUACUCAGCGUAUGCAAGGUGAAGAUGGUCAGUCAGAUACACUUGGACCGUUCGGACCAUGCACUAGAUACCUCGUCCUUGAUAUUGGAGGUGGUACAGUAGAUGUAACAGUGCAUGAAGUGAUGGCUAAUGGGAAGCUAAAGGAACUGCACAAGGCUAGCGGAGGUGCAUGGGGAGGCACUAGAGUUGAUGCGUCGUAUUUUGAACUGUUCAGCAAUCUGUUUGGCCAUGAACUGAUGGAAAACUUUAAAAAAGAAAAUAAGUACGAGCACUUAGAUAUGGAACGUGAUUUUGAAUUGAAGAAACGAACAGUGAAGGAGGAAGGUGCACGUGUCAACAUCCAUGUGUCUGCUGCAUUUGUAGAAUAUGUCAAAGAGAACAUGGGAUUGGCUCCGCAAGAUAUUGUAAACGGUACAAACAUGAAAGAUAAACUCACUUUUCGAAGAGACCGAAUUAUGUUCCAGGGCAGUGUAAUUAAGGAGAUGUUUGAUCCUUCAAUACAAAGCAUUGUUGAUCACGUGAAAGAAGUUAUUAAAAGCCCAAAAGUCCAACGGCUUGAUAAAAUAUUGAUGGUUGGUGGUUUUUCCGAGUGUGCCCUCGUUAAAAAGGCAGUCAAAGCAGCAUUUCCUGAUAUUCAAGUUGUUGCACCGGAUGAGCCUGGCUUGGCGGUCCUGAAGGGAGCAGUCAUCUUUGGCCAUUCUCCCGAGGAGAUCUCGUCACGUGUUGUGAGAUAUACAUACGGUGUAGCAGCGCUAGGUCCAUUUUAUGAGGGCCGCCAUCCGGAGGAGAAACGAGUCAAGAUUGGCGAUGAAUAUUUCUGCAAAGAUUCGUUUAGUAAAUUUAUUGGAAUUGAUGCAGACGCUGGCGACAAGGAGGUCAUUAAACGAAAGUAUGACAUUACAGAGCGGGACAAAUCUUUAGCAAUCGAGGUGUACGUUUCAACGGAAGCAUAUCCUCUACUUUGUACUGAAGAUCACGGAUGCACGAAGCUAGGAGAGAUUGUAAUCAAUGUGCCAAUGGGUGGAUGGCGGGCAAAAGCAGAGGUGGAAGUCGAAUUUGGGUUUGGAGGGACAGAAUUUACUGUAAAAGCUACGGAAGUUAAUACACAGAUAGAUCAGGAGGCCAAGUUUGAUUUUCUUAGCUAAAAUGUCAGCAGAAUAUCAAAACUUGAUACUUCCUUGUUUGUUGUAUAAUGAAGCGUUUCAAACACAUAGAGCACGUUGCAGUAACAACUAUUGAACUAAUGAAGACUUUUAAACUUAUUGUACUUCGUAAGUUAAAAUACUUGGUUAAGAUACAAUAGCGUUAUGCCGAGCGUUAUGUUGUUUGAGACACUUAAUUAAAUGGUGUGGUACAUAAUGUGACUAUAACAGUCUCUAAAUUAUCUUUGAUGUAGGUCAAUCUUCAGGCCCAGACCUAAUUUAGAGUUAUUUUUCUAAUAUAUAUAAUAUUCAGUACUGGAUCAUUUGAACAUUAACCUUUAGAGACAUUCACACGAGUUUUUGUAUAUUAUAGAAAUACGUUCUACGAAUUAUUUGAGUAUUAACCUUUAGAGACAUUCACACGAGUUUUUGUAUGUAGAAAUAAGUUCCACGAAUUAUUUGAGUAUUAACCUUUAGAGACAUUCACACGAGCUUUUGUAUGUAGAAAUACGUUCUACGAAUUAUUUGAACAUUAACCUUUUAGAGACAUUCACACGAGUUUUUGUAUGUAGAAAUACGUUCUACGAAUUAUUUGAACAUUAACCUUUUAGAGACAUUCACACGAGUUUUUGUAUGUAGAAAUACGUUCUACGAAUUAUUUGAGCAUUAACCUUUUAGAGACAUUCACACGAGUUUUUGUAUACAGAAAUACGUUCUACGAAUUAUUUGAACAUUAACCUUUUAGAGACAUUCACACGAGUUUUUGUAUGUAGAAAUACGUUCUACGAAUUAUUUGAACAUUAACCUUUUAGAGACAUUCACGCGAGUUUUUGUAUAUAGAAAUACGUUCUACGAAUUAUUUGAGCAUUAACCUUUUAGAGACAUUCACGCGAGUUUUUGUAUAUAGAAAUACGUUCUACGAAUUAUUUGAGCUUUAACCUUUUAGAGACAUUCACGCGAGUUUUUGUAUGUAGAAAUACGUUCUACGAAUUAUUUGAACAUUAACCUUUUAGAGACAUUCACACGAGUUUUUGUAUGUAGAAAUACGUUCUACGAAUUAUUUGAGCAUUAACCUUUUAGAGACAUUCACGCGAGUUUUUGUAUGUAGAAAUACGUUCUACGAAUUAUUUGAGCAUUAACCUUUUAGAGACAUUCACGCGAGUUUUUGUAUGUAGAAAUACGUUCUACGAAUUAUUUGAACAUUAACCUUUUAGUGACAUUCUCGCGAGUUUUUGUAUAUAGAAAUAAGUUCUACGAAUUAUUUGAGCAUUAACCUUUCGAGACAUUCACACGAGUUUUUGUAUAUAGAAAUACGUUCUACGAAUUAUUUGAACAUUAACCUUUAGAGCCAUUCACACGAGUUUUUGUAUAUAGAAAUACGUUCUACAAAUUAUUUGAGCAUUAACCUUUUAGAGACAUUCACACGAGUUUUUGUAUAUAGAAAUACGUUCUACGAAUUAAGAAAAUUUAAACUUCCUUGAACUGACUGUAGUGAAACAGAUUUACUAAUAUACGAGACAUACAGUGCAGAUAUAUUUACUAAAUAACAAACGUCUUCCCGUGGUUAUGCCUGAUUUACCUCAGUUCAGAGUUCAGACGCGCAGUAGUUCAACCAGAGGCAGUACGGCGUUACCCCGAGUGUUUAAAUAUCCGAGCAAUUGAACGAUGAACUGUGAUGUAUCAGGAGAUUAACUGCAAGAAGGUUUUUUUAUAUAUUUUUUAUUUUCAUUCUCACAUGCUCAUUAACAUAUCAUUAUAACAAGAGCUUUCGGAGGACAGCAACGCUGGACUAUUCAAAAGCCUUGUCACUAAAACAGUUAAAAAAAUGAAAACAUAGACGUGCACAUAUAGACGUGCACAAGUACAAAAUGGGCAACAAUUUUUGUCAUUAAACUAUCCCGUCUUGUGAGACUUAAUGAGAUAACAGAUUACACAAGAAAUUGCUAUGUCGAAAAUGGGACAUAAUUUUGUAAAAAAAAAAGUAGAGUUAUAUAACCUGCAUAUUACAUGUUAAUUUAUCACAGGGAACAAAUGUGCAAAGUUUCAAUCAAUUCCAUAAGUGAGCUUUCGUACAAAAACUUGAUGCCCGCCGACGCCGAUGCAAACAACUGAGUGAGUGCAAUAAGCUCUUUCUGUUCUCCGAAUAGUGGAGCCAAAACUUGUGUCAGACUUCAUUUAACCGAACUUCAUGGUGCUAUUUGACGUCGUUAUUGAUUUAAACAGGCGUCAAGAGUUGUUUAUCGCAGGUUUUAAUGCGCUCGACCCGAUUUGAUUUUUCCUAUUAAACAAAGAAGACACAAAAUGUGACGUUAAUAUGCAACAAAGUCGCUGUUCGUGCGUCACAAUUAUUAUGUAAUAGCGUCAAACGUCAUACUAGCCAGGAAAGAGGUCUUAAGUUUGUAUCAUUUUGAAACAUAGUGUCUAGUCUCCGUAUGUUGCAAAUCUGAAAUUGUUACCAUGCAUUAUGUAUUUGUUUAUGUUACGAUUAUUUAUAUAAAGUGCAUGUCAGCGACGUCUUCAUAAUGUCGGCUUUAUUUAUAAUUUUUUUCGUAAUUAAUCUAAUUAUGUUUUUAGAUCUAUUGAAAAUAUACUAAACAACUUCUGUGAUUAAAACUCAAUGAAUCAGAUGAAGAAUAAGACCAUUCAUUUUCAACAAGAUAUCACUGUUGGUUAAUGUAAAACAUACAUUUAACUGAAACAUGUAGAUACUAGAUUUAUUUUGUCAUGCAUUUUACUGGAAAUCAUAAAAAAUAUAUAGGCCUAUUUGUGGGUGUAUAAUGCCCUCUCAAAAAUGCUAAUGGAUGAUUUAGCUAUCUUUUCAUUUAUAUCAGUUAAGACUCUUGUUUUCUACAGUAUUUCAAAAGUUUCUGUCGGUGUUUUCAGUUCUUGUACUAUUCAGUUUUUGCAAAAAUUUCUAGAUGUUUGGUAACGUCAUUUUGAUGUAAGGCCACGCAUGACUAUCCUAGACAAAAUGCUGUUUACUUUAACCCGGAAUGACAAUUUGCUUUGAAUUUUACGGAGAUUAUAGAAUUAUAUCCAUGGUGAUAUUGCAAAAAGUUAUGUAAUUUUGUUUGCAUUUAUUGACGUUUCUAGAUUUAAUACGUCAAUUUCUUCAGACCUGGGCCGCUAGCGCGUUGUUUAUAUGCUUAUUAAAUUACCUCUAGGUACUGUGUGAUGCCAUUCUAUUCUAAUAUAUCAGUUAUACUAAAUUUCAUUUAAAGGUGACAAAGUUGUAAAGCUAGUCUACGUAUUUAUUGGACAACCCUCGUAUUAGCAUGCCGCAGGCUAUAAUAGGGUUAUUAUAAUAGUAGCUCGAUCUGGGAUGCUGUAUUCGGCUCGAGUGGAUUUUUGCCAGAUCGAUCUCACAAGGCGCGCAAGCGCCGAGUGUGAUCCCACCUUGCAAAAUCCACGAGAGCCCAAAACAGAAUCCCAGAUCUCGCUACUGUUAUAAUGACCCUCACCUUUUUGUUUGUUGUUUUGUUAUUGAACGAAAUCAUCAACGUUUAUCGAUGUUAAAAUGGAACUUGGUGAAGUUUUUAUGUGCGCUAUUUAUAGAACUGUGUCAGGUCAUGCAUAUUAACGAAAGUAGUCACAAAAGACACAAUACGGAUUUUUUUCUGCUAGUUCAUAUUUACUUGUGAAAUUCAGGCCGAUGUUUUUACAGAAUUUAUAUAGGGAUAUAAUAUAAUUCUUUUUCAUCUGAACUCCAAACGUUUAUUUUAUUCAACGAUAAAAUCACUGUUGGGGAUAUAUCAUUUCUACAACAUACGAAGUCUGAACUUCACUGUUUGACAUUGUUAGAAUACGCCUUGCAUAGAGAUCAAUGGACCUGGUUGUCGUUUAGGUCCGCCUUUGCGCAAAACCAAGACUGAUCAUGAUUGAUCUUGCAAUAUUGUACCACAACUGCCUUAUUAGUCCUCUACCGGUAGAAUACCGAGUCUCCUACUGGUAGAACACCGGAGGGGACUAUAGGAAUGCCCUCCGUCCGCAAAUCUGGAUCCUGCAAUUACUCAAAAAGUAUUCAAGCUAGGUUCAUAAAACUUGGUUUGUGAAUAGAGAGCAAUAUGUAGAUUAUGCAUGUUUAUGAUUUAUGCUUAUAUGUCAAAGGUCAAGGUCACUAUUGAAGGUCAAGUAAAAUAGUUUCUGCUUCAAAACUUUUAUAUGCAUUGAUGGAUGGUCUUAGUGCUAAACACAAAUGUUCCCCUUCAUGUGACAAUGUGUCAAACACAUGAUCUAUGCUUGUCAGUCACUGUUUAAGGUCAAGUAAAAUUUUGUUUCCAUUCCAUAACUUUAAUUGAAUUGAAGGAUUUUUCUGUUACUACACAGAAAUGUUCCCCAUGAUUGUGACUAUGUGUCACACACUUGACCCUUGGUUGCAAGCCAAAGGUCAAGGUCACUAUCGAAAGAUUCCUCUGUAUUGCCAAACUUGUUUUAACUGUGAUAUAAAUAUCAUUAGAUUUACCUUUUAAUAUCAAUUGCAGUGCUAUUUAUACUGUAGAUAAAUGUCUUGCAUACGCUGUUUUAUAUGCCAAAUUAUACGAUACUCAGAUUCAAUAUAUUCUAACGUGUUCACUAUAUAAGAUAUACGAAUAAAAAUUAUAAACGA